AUGGCGUCGAGAUGGGGCGGCGCCUACGACUUUGACGGGCCAGGCGUGCACGGGGUUGAGGUGGACGUCGUGUGCAGAAACGUCCCGGUGGUCUGCCUGAACAAGGCCUCCGACUUCGAAGAGAACGCCGCGUGGAUGAUACAAGCGACGUCCGACGGGACUGGGAGGGCCGACUCCCUGUACGAGUACUGCAACGACUCGGACGUCAUGUCGGCAUGCCGCAAGCUGGGGCUCGGCAAGGACGAGAUAUGCAUUGUGCGGCUCCGGGAGCACAAGGAGCUGAGGGCGGUCGGCACCAGCGGGAAGCGCUCCACCAUGCUGGCCUGCGUCAUCGCCCUGUCCCUCGCAGACCCGGACGGGCUCGAGGAUUUGUGGGCGGGGCUUCGAAGCUAG